UCAUUUCAUUAUAUUAUUUCAUUUAUUUUACAGAACGAAUGAUACAACCAUUUAUAUUUACUAAUUUAAUAAUAAAUAAUAUUAGUGAUAAUAAUAAUAAAUUACAAAAAAUCAAUAAUCAAUCUAUAAUUAUUAACUAUAAUAGAUCACAAUCAAUAUUUAAUAAUAAUAAUAAUAAUAAUACUAUACAGAAUUUAUUACAUUCAACAGAUUUAUCUUUGGACGAUUCUAGCCAAAAUCAAUAUUAUAACGAUAACAUUUUAGAUGAAGAUUUUGAAGAGAAAUUGAACGAUUUUCCAAACAAUGAAAUAGAACAUCUCAAUGAUAGUUUCGAAACUAAUUUCCCAGUAAAUGAACCAUCUAAUGAAUUAUAUUCACCUGUGAAUACAAUCUUAUCUAAUUUAAGUAAACAACAAGUUGACAUAAAUCUGGAUUCUAAUACAAAUUUACGAUUUGUUAAAUACUUUGUUGGAGAAACUAUUCGAAUGCGUUGUAUCAUACCCGAAGGAUCUCAUGUGAUAAUGUGGAAUAAAAUUGGUGAAGAAUAUCCACUUACAAUAGGUAAUCAUAGAUUUAUUCCAGAUAAACGAAUUAGUAUUAAACAAAAAUCAUCAAAUAAAUGGAUAUUACGAAUAAUUAAAGCUAAAUUAACUGAUAGUGGCUUAUAUACUUGUACGAUUAAAUCUAUCCAUAAAGAAGAUAAUAUUAUAAAGGAUAAUUCUAAUGUACAAAACAAUAAUGAUCAGAUAAUAAAUCAAACGAAUAUGAAUGUAACAUUGGCUAUUAAACAAAUGAAUAAUCCUGAUUAUUAUAUAUCUGUAGUGGAACCACGAUCCAAAGAAGCGAAACAAGCAAAUAUUACUGUUGUAUCUGAUAAUUUUAUUUUUAAAAAUAGAACACUUACUGUCACUGGACCACGUGUAGUCUACUAUGGCAGUCCGUUGGAAUUAAAAUGUUAUGCAAAGUUUUCAAUUGAUGUUCGAGCAUCCGGUUACGAAAUACUUUUAGAAUGGUAUCAUCAUGGUGUUCGAAAGUCCUCGGAUCCAUUUAAAUCUGGUGGUGUGUACAUAGAACAAAAAUGGUUAGAUCCGAAAACACUUGAGAGUCGUUUAUUUAUAAAGUGGGCAAGUGAAUCGGAUACUGGACAGUGGAUAUGUUUAGAACGGUACAAACCAAGUGAAAAUAACACUGAACAUGAUUCUUCACAUAUGAUUCAUUUAAAUCCAAUACAUAAAAGCUUAUUAUCAAAGGAUAGAAUUCAAAAUAAUCGUUUACCGGUUUCAUCUGUUUCAAAGAAUCGGCCUUUGUCUUCAACAUCUCCGUUAUUACCCACUUCAAGAAUAAUGUUUGGAAGAAUAGAAGUAGAAAUUAUUGAUAUAUCAAAAGCUUCAAUCCAUUUAAAUGGGCUAAGAUCAAAAGAUAUAAAUUAUAUGUAUAGUAAUACUGGUUCCAAUUGUAAAUUACAUCAGUCCAUAAUCAGUAACAUCACUUAUUUAUACAACAUUAAAUGGUUGUUUAUAAAAAUAUGUUUAUCCAUGAUCAUUUUAAACUAUUUUUUAUAAUAAGCCUAGUAACAGAUAAUCUAUCUGUUCAUUUCAC